UGAAGGUUUCAACUCUAUCAAAGCAAAUGAGAGUUUGACUGCAUUAUCAUGCUGAUAAGCAAGAGAUAAAGGAAAACAUAGUGUCAGACUUUUCAUCGUGAUGGAAAACUAUUUGGCUCCGACUUCUGUCUCCCUGCUUCUCGGGCUCCCAGUUCUACUAAGUCUAGUGCCCUCAUCGUCCGCCCUCCGUAUCACUAAUCUUACCGUGGAUAACAUCACAACGACGAGUGUUUCAUUCAACUGGCUCAUCAUUGAACUCGACAACGAAAACCAAACAGACUUACUGCGAUCUUAUAUCAGACUUCAGUAUAGUCUCAACUUCAAUGUCGGUUCAGGUUGCAUGUUUGUGAACGAAACCUCGAAGACAUUUACCGGUAUCCAGCCGUACACGUCAUACUUUGCUUGUGUGGACGUCGUCCGCCUCGACCGGGAUGAUGAUGACGACGAGUGCAACUCAGAUUCCGUGGUCGUAUCGCAGGCCAAGGAUCAAUGCGUUGCGUUCACGACGGGGUUCGCGACGUGGAGUCUGCCCAACAUCGCAGCCUUGGGCUGUGCGGGAGGGAUACUCCUCGUCGCCGGGAUCUCACUUGCAAUCCAGGUCGUAUUUCCGGUACAAACAUUGAAUGAAACGGUGGAUUCUAAGAAGAUGAGAGACUGGUCGAAGAAAAAGAGGACUGAGAGCGUUCGCGACUUCUUAAAAGCUGUUGAUGGUGAUCAUGGUGAUCGUACACCUUGAGGAAGUGAAGCAUUCUCUGAUCCUGCCCAGGUUACUGCAUCAUUUUCGAAAAACAUUAUUUUAGAGACCUCUGGGAAAUGUUUUGUGAAAGUGAAGCAUUUCAUGAGAGUUUGAUGUUUUAUCCGACAAACUACGUUUUAUCUUGAAGAAGUAUUAUUAAUAUUAGACAUUAUAUCUCCGUGGUAUUAUCAGUUUUUAUAGGAACUGUGCUUCUCAGCCAAUCAAAAUCAAUGAAAGUUGCCAGACGAAAAAAAAAAUAAUGAAACACUUUUCAGAUCUGUAUUAACAGAGAAUAUCUAUAUCAACAUUAUACGCGUGUCAUUAAUGAAUUUCAUAAAUACUAUUACAAAACAACAACAACAAAUCAAAGGAAUUAUCAGUGACAAAAGCAGAUGCAUAAACUAUAAUGUGAUGAUGAUGAAAAGUGGUCACAUGGCACAUUCCGGUGUUGAUUUGACACUGCAGCAGACUGAUGAUAUUGGUGUUGUACACCCGACUAUUCGGCUACCCAUACCCAUUUUUUUUUUAUUCAGGGUGUAAAUUGCAGCGACAACACAAGGGUGUUGAUAAUUACACCAGUCGAUGUUAACGAAGAACCUCCCACACGGAUGUUAAAAUUACACCCUGUAAUUUUAUCAUAAUAUCCUUAAAGGUUACAAUAACAAUGAAGUUCGACUAAUGGGUUUAUUUUACUUACACCAUAAAUCCAACAUCGGUGUAAAGUACUACGUAUGAUCAUCGGAUUGCGUAGAUUGACGUGUUUGUUGUUGUGUGCAUGUGAGAGUAUUUCUGUAGAGAAAUAAAUUUUAGUUUUCAAUUUUAAUUUAUUUAUCAAAACUUAACCCCCCCCCCUCCCACAUCCCCUCUGGUUUUCCCUUUUAUAUCACACUAUGAAGCGAUCGACAAUAGGUGGAAAUAUAAGGUACACGUACUUAAAAUAAAAAAAAGCGAAGGUACGAUUACAAUAUAACACUUUAAAAAUGCAACAAAAGUGUUCCUUGCUGUGAAAUUAAAAUCAAGAAACAAUAGAAACAAUUUGUAUUAUAUAAUAGAUGUGUAUCUUUUAUCUUUACUGUUUCCUUAUGUGUUAUGCAAUAUGUUUGCAAAUGAGUUUUUAUUUUUUUCAGAAAUUAUAGAGCCGCUAAUAUCAGUGGCGUCCAUUUACUGAUAAAGUACUAUAGAUUUGGUUUUAAGUAUCCACUGUACUGUCUUGAUUACCAGCAUUAGUUUUAUUUCAAUAAAAGCAUAAUUUAUUUUAA